UGCAGGGAUGUCACAUGUCUCAAUUACAUUAUUAUUCAUGCAAUCAAUGAAUCAUUGGCCCCUCCCCAUGUGCUAUUCAGAGCAUAUAUGUUUUAAUUGUCUUUUUUUUUCUUUUCUUUUUUUUCAAGUUUUAAUUUUAUUUUUGGGUCUCAAAAGUCUUGUGACUCGUAGAAUUUAAAUUUGAUGGGAUAGAAUUUCCGCCAAAUUAUAGUUAUACAGGGUUCAAAUUUGCAAUUGUUUAUACAAUCAACAUGUGGUUUUAAUUAUUUAAACCUCAAAUAGGUCGUUUAUACAGUAGUUAUUUUCGUUGAAUUUGGUUGGUCAUGUUUUAAUUGUGUAAAUCAUUACGAAUAUAAAAAUUCGAAACAAAGAAAUAUGAUUAUAAGUUAUCAUAGUGGAGGAGUGCCAAUUUGGAUUUGAUAUAAACCAACAAAAAUUGAAUAUGGGCCGAACACAUAAUCGACUUGGGCUUGCACUCGAUUUCAGUUGUGCCAAAGUAGUUAAAAAAUUGAAAUAAUAACUGUCCACUUUGUUCUUUUCUUAUUAAUUUCAAUGUCAGUUAUUGGAUUUGGUUAAAUAAUUGAAAAAAAAUAAGAAAAUAAAAAUUGUUUGAAUUUGCUAAAUUUUGGUAUUUUAGUUUUCAAUUUCCCCGAGUUGUGUUGGAUGUUUAUAUAGACAAAGACAAGAUGAUGUUAUUGGUGAGUUAUUUGUGUGUGGGACAGUACAUGGUGUGCAACAAUGGAAACAGAUGUCUCUGCUAUUUCAAGAAACCUCAAUUCUCAAUUUACUAAAUGACAAAAUAAUGAGGACAAGGAAUAUUGCUUCAAUAUUUUGCCCUACAAAACACCCUUUUACCCAACUAAGAAAUACUGUAUUUCAUCCCAAAACAAGUUUUGUUUCUACAUUCACAUAAAAUUCCCUAUUUCCUUCAAUUCAAGAAAAAAAGAAGAAGAGAUAUUUAGGGCUGGUGAUAUUUAUAAUAGGGUGAAAUGGGUUGUCUACAGCUAGUAUGGUUAGGCAUGUGCAUAUUUGUUGAGUGACCCCUCCAAAUAUAUAAAGGCUGUGUGCCCAUAAUCUGGACUACUCAUUUUGCCGCAAUUUAUGCAUAACAAAAUUCCAUCGAAUUCUGGUCAAAUGCUAAAGUUGCUCAAUAUUUCCAAGUGUGGUAGAAAUCAUUAGAGCACAUACACUCAGUUGGCUUUGUGGGGGUGUUAAUCAUGAUUUCAUCACCCUUUUUUUGCUCCAAAUUUAGGGAUUCAUUAUUCUGCAACCACCCUUUUAAGAUGCCUAACUCAUCAAUUUCUCGUUAUCGUAAGUACUAAUACAUAAAUAAUACAAAUACUGUCGGAAGAUUAUUACACACACAUCUUAAGUGUGGUGGUAGAUAGUACUACUAUUCACCAAAGUGAAACAUGAAAAAUCAUAGUAUCCCACACACCAACCCCAUGCUUUGAAUAUAUAGUGCAUGCUCUUGAAAAUGUGAACACCUCUUGUGAACAAAAUAAAUCUCUACCACCACAAAACACUAUUCUUGGAUCCACAAAAUCAAACCUCCCAUCUCUCACAUAAAUCCCACUUCUCAAAAUCUUGAUCACAGAUACUAAUUAAGACACACACACUCAUCAUUUUUAUUUAUUUAUUUUCCUGUGAAAGCCUGCAAUUUCCAGUUUCUACAGAACUAAAAAUCAUCGUAAAAAAUGGGUGCAAAAUGCUCCAAGUUCUCAUUCUGCUGGUGGCAUUCUCAUCUCAAACCAUCUGUUCUUCAAUCCACGGAUCCGGAGAACGGAGAGAAAAAUUCGUUCUCGAGCUUCAGAGAGUUCAGCUGGGAGGAGCUGAAAGCUGCAACAAAAGGUUUUUCGUCAGACAACAUAGUCUCCGAGCAUGGAGAGAAGGCUCCCAACGUUGUUUACAAAGGUUUUCUUGAAAGUGAAGGCUGGAUUGCCGUUAAGCGCUUCAACAAGUCUGCUUGGCCUGAUCCUCGCCAAUUUAUAGAUGAAGCUAAAGCAGUGGGGAAUUUGAGAAGCGAACGAUUGUCGAAUCUGAUUGGAUUUUGCUUUGAAGGAGAGGAGAGAUUGCUGGUGGCAGAGUUUAUGCCUAAUGAGACUUUGGCCAAGCAUUUAUUUCAUUGGGAGAAUCAACCCAUGAAAUGGGCAAUGAGGUUGAGGGUGGCCUUGUAUUUGGCACAAGCUCUGGACUAUUGCAGCAGUCGAGGCCGGGCUUUGUAUCAUGAUCUUAAUGCUUACAGAGUCUUGUUCGAUCAGGAUGGCAAUCCGAGGCUCUCUUGUUUCGGGUUGAUGAAGAACAGUAGAGAUGGCAAAAGUUACAGCACAAACUUGGCUUUCACUCCUCCAGAGUACCUGAGAACUGGAAGAGUGACUCCAGAAAGUGUGGUUUACAGCUUUGGAACUAUGCUGCUUGAUCUUCUAAGUGGCAAACAUAUACCUCCAAGCCAUGCACUUGAUCUCAUCCGCGGCAAGAACUUUCUGAUGCUGAUGGAUUCCUGUCUGGAGGGUCACUUCUCAAACGACGAGGGAACUGAGCUGGUCCGGCUAGCCACCCGUUGCUUGCAGUACGAAGCUCGAGAGAGGCCAAACGCCAAGACCCUAGUCACUUCCCUCAUGUCUCUCGAGAAAGAAACUGAGAAGCAGGUCCCUUCCUACGUUCUACUAGGCAUCCCACAAGGGCAAGGGAAAACAGGGUGCGCGCCGCCACUGCUGCUGACUCCCAUGGGGGAAGCAUGCCUGAGAAUGGACCUCACCGCCAUACACGAGAUCCUCGACAAGGCUGGAUACAAAGACGAUGAAGGAAUCGCCAACGAGCUAUCUUUUCAGAUGUGGACCAGUCAAAUGCAGGAGACCUUGAACUCCAAGAAGCAAGGAGACGCUGCCUUUCGCGCCAAGGACUUCGCCACUGCCAUCGACUGCUACACACAGUUCAUCCAAGGUGGGACGAUGGUCUCGCCGACGGUGUACGGGCGGCGGUGCGUGUGCUAUCUGAUGAGCGACAUGCCGAAUCAAGCUCUGGGAGAUGCCAUGCAAGCGCUGGCGAUAUCGCCGCGGUGGCCCACUGCUUUUCAUCUGCAAGCAGCGUCGCUCUUCACGCUUGGGAUGGAGAAUGAUGCUCAGGAAUCGCUGCAAGAAGCCUCCAAUUUGGAAGCCAAAAUCAACAGGAUUUGAAAUAAGUGUAUAGUCUUUCUUCAUUUCAAACCACACAGCCACAUGAACAGGAUUUAUCGGCGUCGGAAUUUGUGGGUUUCCAGCACUCAUUUGUUUUAAGUUUUGAGUUUUUAAUUUUUCAACAAAUACUUGUCUCCUUUGAGGAAGUCUUGAUUUCUUCCGCAGUUUGCUACCUCUACCGCGCGUUUAUUUUUUGGAUUUUAAAUCAAUAAAUAAAAAUCGUAUUCUUUUA